AUGGCCACCCGACGCAUCGUCGCUUCAGAGAAGACCAUCCUCGAGAAGGAUGACCGGGUUGGCUCCAGCCCUGCCGCCGGCGAGAAGUCCAACAUCACCCCCGCCGUGCCCAUGGACGUCAUCAUUAAACUCCUCGGGUUCACGCUCGCCAUGAUCGUUAUGCCAAUUGGCACUUACUUCGCCACCGUCGACUUCAUCUUCAAAGGCAACUCUACAUUCGCUGGAGGUUUGGCGGCUGUGGUAGCCAAUGUUGUACUGAUCACAUAUGUCAUCGUUGCCAUGAAAGAGGACCAAAGCGAUCAACUGGGCGAUUGGAAAGAAGGAAAGAAGGACCGCUGA